AUGUCAGCUCUUUCUCACCCUAACGUAGUAGACGGUUGGUUCAGGGAGAUCAACCCCCAAUGGCCUGGUCAAGCUAUGACUCUCAAGGUCAAGCAAAUCUUGCACACCGAGAAAUCUCUUUUCCAAGACGUCCUUGUUUUCGAGUCUGAGACUUACGGUAACGUUCUUGUCCUUGACGGUGUCAUUCAAUGCACCGAACGAGAUGAAUUUUCGUACCAAGAAAUGAUUGCCCAUCUUCCUUUGGCUUCUCACCCCAACCCCGAGAACGUAUUGGUUAUUGGAGGUGGUGACGGUGGUGUUAUCCGAGAGGUUCUCAAGCACAAAUCAGUCAAGAAGGUCACUCUCUGUGAUAUUGACGAGGCUGUUAUUCGAGUUUCCAAGGACUGGCUCCCCAUCAUGUCAUCAUGUUACAAAGACUCUCGAGUCGAGGUCCACAUCGGGGACGGUUUCAAAUUCCUUCCCGAGCACAAGGACGAGUACGAUGUCAUCAUUACCGAUUCUUCUGAUCCCGUCGGUCCCGCCGAAGCCCUCUUCAAGGCUCCUUACUUCCAACUCCUCAAGGAAGCGCUCAAAGCCGAUGGUCACAUCUCUACUCAAGCUGAAUGUUUAUGGAUCCAUUUACCUUUGAUCAAAGAACUCAAGGAGACUUGUAAAAAGCUCUUCCCCGUGGUCAAAUACGGUUAUACCACUAUCCCUACUUACCCUGCCGGCCAAAUUGGUAUCAUGGUCUGCUCCAAAGACGCCAAUCACGAUGUCACCGUUCCUCUCCGAGCUGUCCCCGAUACCAAAUACUACAACUCCGAUGUGCACAAAGCCGCUUUCACCAUCCCCGAAUUCGGACGAGCUAUGCUUGAAGAUGGUGUCAACGUCAUGCCCAAAUUCAGUGGUGUACGACCCGGUCCCGCUUCUAAGCAAACCACCAAGAAGAAGGUUCUUAUCCUCGGGUCAGGUAUGGUCGCUCCUCCUUGCGCCGAAUACAUCACCAAACACAACCACGAAAUCACAGUCGCUUGCCGAACUUUCGCCACUGCCGAGGCUCUUUGCAAAGAUCUUCCCAACGCUACCCCCAUGUCCGUCGAUGUUGGUUCCCCCGAUGCUUUGAGACAAGCUAUCAAAGGUCACGACGUCGUUGUUUCCCUUGUUCCUUACACCUAUCACGCUUCUGUCAUGGAGGCUGCCCUCGAAGAGAAGUGUCACGUCGUCACUACCUCAUAUGUCAACCCUCAAAUGAAAGCUCUUCACCAAAAGUUCGUUGAUGCCGGUUUGAUCUGUUUCAAUGAAAUUGGUGUUGACCCCGGAGUUGACCAUCUUUGGGCUGUCAAAAUCAUCGAUGAGGUUCACAGAGCAGGUGGAAAGAUCAAGAGCUUCUACUCAUACUGUUGUGGUCUUCCCGAGCCCGCUGCCUCUGACAAUGCUCUCGGUUACAAGUUCUCCUGGUCUCCCGUCGGUGUACUUAUGGCCCUUAACAACGCCGGUAAAUUCUGGAAGGAUGGUCAAAUUGCCGAUGUUGCUGGAGAAGACCUCAUGGCUGCCGCUCAACCUUACUUCUUCACUCCCGCUUACAACCUCGUUGCCUACCCCAACCGAGAUUCUUCCGUCUUUAAGGAGUUCUACGGUCUCAAGGAUGUUGAGAACCUUGUUCGAGGAAGUAUGCGAUAUGCCGGUUUCUGCGAAGUCAUCACCGCCUGGAAAGAGUUGGGUCUUUUGGACGACACACCUCGAGAUGACCUUGCGAAGGACGCCGCUUCCCUCACAUGGCUCGAGUUGAUCGCCAAAUUCCUCGGCGUUGACGCUACGGAGGCCACCGUCAUCGAGAAACUCAAGACUCUCAAAUCGUUCGAAAAGGACGCUAAGAUUCUUAUCGGUAAAUUCCGUGGAUUGGGUCUCUUAUCUUCCGAAAAGGUUACUCUUCGAGGCACACCCUUGCGAUCUCUUUCCGCUCUUCUCGAAGAGAAAUGUCAAUUCCAAGAAGGAGAAGUUGACAUUGUUCUCUUGCAACAUACCUUCGAGGUCAUCAACGUUGAUGGCACUGAACAAACCAUCAAAGCCACUCUAGAGGCUUACGGUGACAGAAACGGUGGUCACUCUGCUAUGGCCAGACUUGUUGGUGUCCCAUGUGGUGUCGCUGUUCAAUUCGUGCUUGAAGGUGUACUCAACACUCCAGGUGUUCAUCAACCUUACGAUGAGCCUACAUGUAAAUUGUUCCGAGACCGACUUGAGAAGGAAGAGAACAUCACCAUGAUCGAGAAGGUCAUUUAA